GCGUCUCAUUCUAAUUAUUCUACAGCUGCGGAGGUUUGACGAUGGAGCAUCUGUACUGGUCAUGUGGAUGCAAAAGGAAACAAAAGUAACUUCUCUGUCACUGACAUCUUCUGAAAGAGCUCGUUGUGGAGGCGCCGGAUUUCUGUAUUCCGCGCGAAUUUUCUACAGGAAUCAUUAAGUCCGCUUCUAGUUAAAGACGUUUACGGAUGUUUGCAUCUCGGAAGACUCGAUCUGAGACGCCGCCCUGUUGUUAGAUCUUCCAGUAUGUCAACUCACAUGAGGCUUGUGUUGCAUUUGCUAAUGCUCUUCAUAUUUGCUGUUCAGGAGGUCAGACUGGUGUGUGUGGAUGUUGCAUCAAACACAGAGGCCACCGUAGGUGGUGUUAUGAAGUUAACCUGCAUCUACUGCAUGAAACGAGAAGAGAUCUCUGCUGAGACCAAAGUGGACUGGUUCUACACCGGUUCUGCAUCAGAUUACCGAAGAAUGCUUAUCUAUCUGUAUGAUCGUGAACCACAGGAGCCAGAGGACGCAGAAAUGUACUGGAAGGGCCGUCUGACAUGGAUCGGCAGCAAGGACCUGCAGGACCUCUCCAUUAGCAUCGUAAAUGUCAGCGCAAAUGACUCUGGCACAUACGAAUGUGAGGUGUCACGCUUCUUUGAGUUCGAUUCAUUCAAGCAUUCCACCACCAAGAAAAUGACAAUUGAACUGAAGGUAAAAAUGCAAGAAUCAAUCCAGAGGAGGCAUCACCGGGACGUUAAAAAGAAAAGCAAGUUGGAGAUGAAGGAAAGUAGAAGGUGCCAGACAAGAGACAGUAGAGAUGAUAUCGAUGGCUAAGGAGCUUCUUCUGAUAAUUCGUCAACAUGAACGUGUGAAUAAACGGUUAAUGAAAAGGGAUAAACAAUUUAUUGAUUUAGUUUAAUUUGAAAAUUGAAUUUUUGAAAGGCGAGGUUGACCGUUUGACACUUCAAAGAGUCAGCGCCGCCUCUAAAGAAUAAACCGUUAACUGGCAUCUUGUCAGAGCGAGAGCAGGUGUUCUCUUGGUUAACAGCUAUCGAAUGGAAAAUGCUGAAGUGUGAAAACUCGCUCCCAUAUAUUUGAAAAGGUGUUGCUAUUGUGAAGUAGGAAAAUGUUUAGCUGUGGUAAGCACAAAAGGUCAGACAUCCUGUGUUAGCGUGUAGGAAAUAAACUUAGUUUGAACCUCCUCAUAUAUGGUAUUACAACCCGCUGAAGAGAGGGGUGUGACCAGAUGUUUAGUGUAACUUGCAUCUAUCCAAUAGGGAAGAUUUAGUGAAUGCUUUG